AUGACUGCAUGGCUGGCCUUGCACUUCCCGCAGACAAUCGACAGUAUCACGAAGAAGAUGCUCAUUCCGCUCCCUAAAGAGGCCAUUCUCGUUUUUUUGGGUCAUAUCUGUAGUCCUGCUCACAUGUGUGACCGCGAUAAGGUGUGUGCACAAGAUACGUCAAAGCUUCGCCGGGUUCUCAAGGGCUACGAGAAGGUCAUAAAUGAUCUUAAGAAGCGGGGUCUGAUGAAAAUCAAUGAAGGGAAACGUCAACUAAAAGGUUCCGGAUUUGAACUCCUGGCUCUGAAACUAAUGAAACUUGAGCCUGUAAAGAAAGGUCAAGCCUGGUCGACGGUGUUAUUUGGCUGGAGGUUUUUUGACUGUCUAAUUGUUGAGGAGCAAGGUCAUAAAGGAGAUCAAAUUGGAGCCGAAAAGUUUGGCAAGCAUGUAUACUCCAACCCCUACACCCCAUCGCAAAGCCCUGUUCUCGCGCUCGCUGUGCUACUAUUUUGCUGUCCUGAACGCGGAUCGUUUGGCCGCUUGUUACGUCGUGUAAUCAAGUCUUUGGGCGAGGAAGAAUUGUGUAUACUGGGCUGUAUACCGGAGGACAUCGGCACCCACAGUCUGCGCAAAGGCAGUAGUUCGUAUGCGCUUGGGCAACUGAAAGACAGAUACAUUCAUUUUGGAGAGGGAGCUGAUCAACUAUGUGGAAGAAUGAUAGCAGAACUGCCAUUCGAUUCAGAGUGCUUUGGGUCGGCUUUUCCAUUUUUGAUAGCGUCACUCAUCCACCACGAACAUUAUCUUCGAGUCACGCUAUCGUCGUCGCAUCCGAUAUUUAAAGCACGAGUAUUUAUCGCAAAUUCGCUUCUCGACGACCAGCGUGGUGUGACGAUUCUUGCAAUUGGGACGUCACCGGUCAAGUGA